AUGGCUCUCACUAUAUCGAGUACACCUCCUGGACUGGAAACAUCUCGGGUCUGUACAGGAUUAUCGGGCCGCACCGAACUGAAAACCUCGGCACAAUCGGCUUUGGACGCCCGAGGGUCACAGUUAACCACCAAAGUCACAACGCAAAACAAACACGCGCACCAGCCACUCAAUGGCGAGUACAAGCCAAGAAUUCAAGCUGUUCUAACUGCAAGCCCGGUCGUCGACCGUAUGGUUAUGGACGCUCUGAUUCUGCGUCACGAUCCAUUACCCGCAGUCACUCCUGGUUCAAUGGCCAUGGAUCAAAAUCAAUACAUAUUGACCGAGAUCGCCGUCCCAAGUGAUGAAUGA